AUGCUGACUCCAUGGAAAUCCAGGCAACUUUUUGAAGGAUCAGUGCAUGUUGGGGGACAUAGCUCUAGUUGGACGGCUAACAACUUGAAAAUUCUUAGCCUUUUAUAUUCUAAGGUGAAAGAGUUGCCCAAAGAAAUAGGGCAAUUGACUCGUCUACAAUUGUUGGAUUUGACUCAUUGCUCUGAACUUGUACGGAUCCCACCUGGCGUUAUAUCAAGCUUGACAAGUCUAGAAGACUUGAGAAUCGGAAGCUUAAGAAAUGGGAAGGAGGUUUUGAUGCCCAAAUUAACAAGCUUGAUCGUGGAUGGAUGUGGUGGUUUGAGAUUCUUGUUUUCAUCUUCCAUGGCUAGAAGUCUUGUACAACUCAAAAAUCUUACGAUAUCCAGGUGUCAAAUCAUGGAAGAGAUAGUACCAACAAACGAAUCCAGUGAGGAAGAUACAGAUCAUGACAUGUUUAGUCCUCUACAAGAUCUAAAGCUACAAUAUCUUCCGAACCUCACUAGAUUUUGCUCAGCACGUCGUUCUAUUAAUUUUCAUUCCUUGGAGGUAUUGCAUGUAGAGGAUUGUUCUAAAUUGGAGACAUUCAUCUUUGAUCCCAUGAAUACAAAUAUCACAAUCAACAAAGCAACUGAAGAGAUCAGGGACUCCACGGAGAAUAUUGGGACUGAUGCACAAUUCUUUCUUUUUGACGAAAUGGUAGGAUUUCCCAGCUUGGAGAGCUUGAUCAUCUGUGACUUACCUAAGUUGAGGACUAUAUGGCACCGCCAACUUGCCCCAGACUCUUUUCGAAAGCUAAAAAAAGUUGAAGUUUUGAGAUGCCAGGCCUCAUUGGCCAAAGGUCUUCAGCAGCUAAGCGAGCUGUACGUGGAGAAUUGUGGAAUAUUGGAAGAAAUUGUUGCCAAGGACGGACUAGAAAUGACACCUGAGUUUGUGUUCUCUAAAUGGCCAUUACUCAAAUCAUUGAUAUUCAUUGAAUGUGGUAAAGUGGAGAUUCUUGCUUCCGAAUAUUCAAGAUUCGAAGAAAGACUUGAUUCGGGAACACCAAUCAAACAACCUUUUUUGUUCGUUGACAAGGGUAAUCCAUUCCCCAACUUGGAAGUAUUGCACUUGGACAAGAACGCAGAGAUUUGGUAUGAAGCACAUAGUCCACUCCCAGCAAAGUUGUUUAUCAAUCUAAAAGAGUUUGCAUUUUCUUCCCCCCAAAAAAAUUAA